CCGUGCCCACUGAACAUAGUUAUUAUUUUCAGAGAAAGUUUCGACUGGAAAUGUCACCUGAUUAGGAUUCAAAGAACUUUUUUUUUUAAUCUUUCUCCCCACCCCCACCGAUUAGAAGACCGCCCACCACAGACAGUCGUCCAGAGACCCCUUAUAGAUUUAAAAAGAGAGCCUGCAUUCACAGACUGACAUUCAUUCAACACAGCGAUCGUAAGCAGAUUAGUUUCCUACUGCCUCGAUUUUCUGUAUCCUGAGAUCACUUUGCCUUUGCCAUGAUAAGGAUGCUUAAACAACACCAGCUCCACCCGGGCUUGCUCCUAAUAUUUAUCUGCCUCUGUCAUUUCAUUGAAGAUCACAAAGUGCAGGCUGGUAACUGCUGGCUACAACAAGGCAAGAAUGGAAGAUGCCAAGUCCUGUAUAUGACUGGUUUGAGCAGAGACGAAUGCUGUAAAAGUGGCAGACUGGGCACGUCGUGGACGGAAGAGGACGUGCCAAACAGUACGCUGUUCAGGUGGAUGAUCUUCAAUGGUGGCGCUCCCAACUGCGCGCCGUGCAAAGAAACAUGUGACAAUGUGGACUGUGGUCCUGGUAAAAGAUGCAAGAUGAACAAGAAAAACAAGCCACGUUGUGUGUGUGCUCCUGAUUGCUCAAAUGUGACAUGGAAAGGACCGGUGUGUGGGUCUGAUGGCAAAACCUACAAAGAUGAGUGUGCAUUGCUGAAGGCCAGAUGUAAAGGACACCCAGACCUUGAAGUGCAGUACCAGGGCAAAUGCAAAAAGACUUGUCGAGAUGUUCUGUGUCCAGGAAGCUCUACCUGUGUAGUAGAUCAAACUAACAAUGCCUAUUGUGUCACAUGCAAUCGGAUUUGCCCGGAGCCAACCUUACCUGAACAGUACUUGUGUGGAAAUGAUGGUAUAAUUUAUGCAAGCGCAUGUCACUUACGAAGAGCCACCUGUCUGCUAGGCAAAUCCAUAGGAGUAGCCUAUGAGGGAAAAUGUAUAAAAGCUAAAUCCUGCGAGGAUAUCCAGUGCAGCCCCGGGAAGAAGUGCCUGUGGGAUGCGAGGAUGAGCAGAGGCCGCUGUGCUCUCUGUGACGAAGUUUGUCCGGAAAGUCGAUCCGAUGACGCAGUCUGCGCCAGCGAUAACACCACAUACCCAAGCGAGUGCGCCAUGAAACAAGCAGCGUGCUCCUUGGGUGUGCUCCUGGAAGUUAAGCAUUCGGGAUCUUGCAACUGAAUCUGCCAAAAAAGGCCUGAGCCAUUGAACCUUCAGAUCUUUCUCUCUCUCUCUCUGCAGUUAUGACUUCCUAGAUUAUGUAAAUCUUAUUGCAUAACAAGCAGAUGCCACAGAGCACCAGUAACUGCCAAGUCACAUAAACACACAAGGCUAUACUGUGGCUGUACAGAGGGCUUUGAAAACAUGCAGUGAGCUUCUACGGUGCAUGUAAUCCUUAUUUAUGCAACAGCUCCCGUGUAUUCCCCAUAUAGCCAUUACUGAAGAUGAGGAAGACGAAGAAGAAGAUGAAGACCAGGACUACAUGACUACUUUCCAUAUAUCUCCGUUACUGGACUGGUAAAC